AUGGCUCCUACUCCCUCGGUUCCCGCACAUUACCAGGAGAGAGCUCAUUAUAAAGAAUGCAUAGUCUACCAAGUAUAUCCGGCAUCGUUCUGCGACUCGAAUGGCGACGGAAUCGGCGACAUUAGGGGCAUGAUUUCGAAGCUAGAUUAUUUGAAGGAUCUGGGAGUUGACGCAAUAUGGCUAUCUCCAAUCUUCAAAUCUCCUUUCGUGGACAAUGGCUACGACAUCUCGUCUUUCCAGGAGAUUAACCCACAAUUUGGCACGCUUGAAGAUGUGGAUGAGCUUAUUUCCGAAUGUCAUAAGCGUGGCAUGAAACUUGUCAUGGACCUUGUCGUCAACCACACCUCUGACCAGCAUGACUGGUUUCUCGAGUCUCGGAAGAGCAAAGACAACCCAUUCCGAGACUGGUAUUUCUGGCGACCACCCCGUUAUGACAGCAACGGUGAGAGGCAGCCUCCCAACAACUGGCGCGAAGAGUUCUCGAACGGAAGCGCAUGGCAAUGGGACGAGACGACGGGGGAGUACUAUCUCCACUUGUACGCAAAGGAACAGCCCGAUCUGAAUUGGGAGACGAAGGCUCUACGUCAGGCUGUGUACAAGGACAUCAUGAAAUGGUGGCUAGACCGCGGUGCAGAUGGUUUCCGCAUGGACGUCAUCAACCUGAUCUCGAAAGUUCCGGGUCUCCCUAAUGCCAGCAUCCAGGACCCGAACGAGAAGUUCCAGUGGCCCUAUGAGCAUUGUGCGAAUGGCCCUCGCAUUCACGAGUUCCUGCAAGAGAUGCAUCGUGAGGUACUGUCGAAAUACUCAAACUUCAUAACUGUCGGGGAGACGCCCUUUACACAUCAUGAUUUCGAUGUCUUGGUGCCGUAUGUGCUGCCGCAGAAUAAGGAGCUACAAAUGAUCUUCCAGUUCGAGCAGCAAGAAGUGGACGGCUAUCCUCCUAUUGUGUACAAAGAGUACACUCUGCCUGAGUUUAAGGCCAUUACUUCGAGAUGGCAGGUUGGCAUGCAAGAGCGUGGUGGGUGGAACAGCAUAUACCUUGAGAACCAUGAUGUCGCCCGUUCUGUGUCACGCUUCGGCGACACAUCAACCGCAGAACUCCGAACGCUAUCCGCCAAAUGCCUCGCCGCACUGCAGUGCACGCUCUCAGGAACACUUUUCGUAUACCAAGGCGAAGAAAUCGGACAGGCCAACCUGCCACCCUCCUGGGGCAUCGAGGAAUAUGAGGACAUUGCUUCGCAGGCAUACUACCACGAGGAGCUCGAAGCGCGCCGGCAGAAGCAGAACACUCAAGACCCAGACAUGUCCGACAUCUGGAACAACGUGCAGAGGAAAGCUCGAGACCAUGCCAGAAGUCCGAUGCAGUGGGAUGGUUCUAAACAGGCCGGAUUCUCGAGCGCAGACAAGACGUGGAUGAGAGUCAACGAGGACUUUACCGAAUGGAAUGUCGCGAAGCAGCUCAAAGAGGAUGGAAGCGUACAUCAGUUCUGGAAGAAGAUGAUACAGUUCAGGAAGGCCCAUCUUGCCUGUACGUACGGUAUCUACACGCUGUUGUCGCCCGAUGACGAGCGUGUCUACGCCUAUACGAAGGAGUACCAAUCCGAGAAGGUGAUUGUGCUCAUGAACUUCUCUCAAGAGACUAUUACAUACACCCGAGUGCCAGAGUUCGGCAAGAUAAACGACUGGAUCAGCAACUAUCCUCCUGCUGAAAGCCGAGAUCCGAUUGUAGAAGGCGGGGAGGUGCGCCUGAAACCGUGGCAGGCGGUUGUUCUGUCGACGUCCUAG